GCGCACUCUUUUCCGCGCAACGACGACGACGACGCCACCACCCCCCACGCAGCUCCUCCGCUAAGCUCCCCAUGGCGCGUCCCCCGAAACCCCACUCCUCGUUCCUCUCCGACGCGCUCAUCUUCGCCUCGGGCGCCCUCCUCGCAAUCCUCCUCCUCCUCGGCCUCUCCUCCCUCCACCACCAACCCCCGCUCCUGCUCCUCACCCCCUCCUACGCGCACCCCGCGGCGCCCAAACCCCACCCCGACGACCCCUCCGAACCCACCUUCUACGACGACCCCUCCCUCUCCUACGCCAUCGACUCCCCCGUCGCCGACUGGGACGCGAAGCGCCGGCGCUGGCUCCUCCUCCACCCCUCCCUCUCCUCCUCCGGCGCCGGCGCCGGCGAGCGGGUCGUGAUGGUGUCGGGGUCGCAGCCGUCGCCGUGCCGCAACCCGGUCGGGGACCACCUCCUGCUCCGGCUCCUGAAGAACAAGGUCGACUACUGCCGCCUCCACGGCAUCGAGCUCCUCUACAACACGGCGCUGCUGCACCCCGCGAUGCCGACCUUCUGGGCGAAGAUCCCGCUCAUCCGCGCCGCCAUGCUGGCCCGCCCGGAGGCCGACUGGAUCUGGUGGGUCGACUCCGACGCCGCGGUCACCGACAUGGACUUCGCCCUCCCCCUCCGCCGCUACGCCGCCCACAACCUCGUCGUCCACGGCUGGCCCCACCUCGUCUACGACGAGCGCUCGUGGGUCAGCCUCAACGCCGGCGUCUUCCUCAUCCGCAACUGCCAGUGGUCGCUCGACUUCAUGGCCGAGUGGGCCGCCAUGGGCCCGCGCUCGCCCGACUACGAGAAAUGGGGGAUGACGCUCAAGCGCACGUUCCGGGACAAGGUGUUCAACGAGUCCGACGACCAGUCGGCGCUCGUCUACCUCCUCCUCACCCAAAAAGAAAAGUGGGGCCACAGGAUAUUUCUUGAGCACCAGUUCUACUUCGAAGGCUACUGGGUCGAGAUCGUCGGGCGAUUGGAUAACAUCUCAACAAGGUACGAGGAGAUGGAGCGGCGGGGGCCGGCGGUGCUGCGCCGUCGCCAUGCGGAGGCUGUCGCGCGGCCGUUCAUCACGCACUUCACCGGGUGCCAGCCGUGCAGCGGCGACCACAACAAGCUGUACUCCGGCGAGAACUGCUACGAGGGCAUGCGCCGCGCCCUCACCUUCGCCGACGACCAGGUCCUCCGCAACUACGGCUUCCGCCACGCCGGCCCCCUCAGCGACGACGUUCGGCCCCUCCCCUUCAAUUACCCGGCCACCGCGGCCUAGCAGUAGCAAUAAGAGUUACUUGCACCAGCUGAUUUUAUCGGCCUUUACUCUUCUUUUUUUUUCAUUUUGAUCUCCAAUCUUCUUAUUUCUGUAUUAGAAUUAACGGUUUUUUGAAUAAUGGAUAGGAUAAGAGAUCAAAUUGUGAAAAAACUGGAAUAAAGGAUUAGGAUCAUUGGUGCAAUUUAACACUAGCUAGCUAAUUACGGUGGUGGAUUAGUUUAAAAGAAAUAUUUGUUUAAGAAAUAGAAACAGUAUGUGUUUAAUUAUAUAUAUGUUGAUGUGGUAGGAACCUGAAAUGAAAUGUUG